CAGAGGAACUUCUCAGCAUCAUCAGUGAAAUUUCUAACAGGAACAUUUACUAAUGGAACUGAAGGUAAUUGUCCAGUCAAAAAGCAUCCAUCUGAUCAGGAAAUUAUAUCAGACCACAAAGAGAAUGACAUAUCCAAGCUAUCUGUACGUGCCCAGCUUGGCGCUGCAUCACAAAAAUUGCUGAAGAAAGGAAAAAGUAUUCCUGAUGAAUUACUAGUUGACAUCCUAUUGGAAGCCAUUAACCGCACACCACCAGAGAAGGGAUGGAUUUUGGAUGGAUUUCCAAUGACAAUUAACCAGGCAAGGCUAUUUGAAAAAGCCUGUACAGGGAUUGAUACAGAUGAAACGGAAGCAAAAUAUGUGAACUGUGGAAAGCUCUCACUUGUUACAGAUCCUAGAACUCCUAACAAGCCUCCUGUUGCCUUACCUGCAUUUGAUGUUUCUAUAUUAUUGGAUAUUUCAGACACCACAGUAUUGAAACGUGUGGCUAGCUUGAAGUCAGAUAAAUCAAAGCCCUCUCAAAUUGAACAGGAGGACAACAGUCAAAAUUCAGAUGUUGAAAUCAUAGAAGAGAUGACUGACUUAGCAAGGGACCAGGUGCUGCAUAGAAUUUCAGGCUUCCUACACACAUGGCCAAAAUUAGAGAACUGGUUUUCAGACCAUCAAAACACCCUAAUGAAGGUCAAUGCAGAGACAGAAGAAAGUAUUGUAUGCAAAACUGUAAAGGAAAUUCUGAUUGAAGAAAUUGACAAAAAGCGGAAUAAAAGGUCUGUACAAGAAAAAUCACCAGAAGAAAAGGCUUUGCCAGUUAAACCUCAAGAUCUGCUUUCUCCUAUUUCUGUGACACCAUCACUGAUUAAGCCAGGAACAGCUGAAUGGAUUUAUGUAGAUGAGCCACUUCCCAAGGAGAUACCUGAUUUUUUAGUACCUUAUUGGGAAAUGGUAGAAAAUGUGUAUGUGAAUACCACCAAAACUGUACUUAGAUGUCUAAGGGAUGAACAGUACUCCAUGAUAUAUUACUUAGCAGAUAUUAGAAAAAAUUUCCAAGAUUAUUUAAAGCAUCCAGAUCAUAAGCAGGAGUUUGUAUCCCAGUGGCAAUCAGAUUUUAAUUCAAUUUCUGAUGACCUACGGGAAGAUGAGGAAACUAAAGCAGAACUACACCAAAGAAUAACUGACUUAAGAGAUCUUCUCUGGGAUAUCUGUGAUAAAAGAAGAGAAGAAGCAGAGCAGGAACGUUCUGAUAUCAUGAAUGAUGGCUGGUUGCGAGAUCAUAAGGGGAUUGCAAUAAACCAUUUUUUUUCACUUAUGCAGGUUGAAGUGGAUCGUUUCCAAGAUACGAAGAGACUUCUUCAUGACUAUUAUAGAGCAAUGGAAGGAAAAAUCCCAACAGAGGACAGACAAGAUUUUACUAGACUCCCAUUGCUAGAUAUUGUCGAUAAAGAGCAGAAAGAAGAUCAGAAUGAAUCAAGAAGGAUUCCUCUAGUUUCUUAUAAACUGCCUUCACUGGAAACAAAUAUUACCAAGUCAAAAAGCAAGGCAACUCUACUGAAGAAUGUUAAAGAUGAGAAUUUUUCUGAAAAUGUAGUGGUUGCUUUUGGGAAAGAUGAAACUGUUAUUUCUGAUACAUGGCAAACAGCAGUAACAGCAGUAUCAGAUAUGGUAAGAGCAGAAGUACAGUCAAAAGAAGUGAAGGAAGAAGGAGAAAAGCAGCUACAAGUAAAAGAAGAUCUGAAGUCUUCUCACACAGUGUCAAGCAAGUCAACUGGGAAAGAUACCAAAGACACCAAAAAAUCCCCCAAAUCACCUACUAAAAAGAAAGGAUCUUCUUCUACUGCCUCUGCAGCUGAAGGCAGUCCAGUUCCUUUAACCUCUGAAGAACUGAAGAAACAAAAACUGACACUUAAAAUACAGCAAGAAUACUUUGCUGCCCUGAAACAUGAGGAGAAAGCUACAAAAACUCGACUAAAACUUAUAAAAGAAAAAGCUUUAGCAUAUGUUGAAGAGUUAACAAUGAAAGCAGAAGAAACUUAUAAAGAUAUGGAAAAGUGGCUUGGAGCAAGAUUCCUAGCAGAAAUGUCCAGUGUUGAAAAGCUGAUUGAGGUAGGACGGCACCAUAUUGAAAGUUCUAGCAAAAUCCAGUAUGAAAUGAAUUUAGAAGAAACAGAUUUCUUCAUCAGCACUGAUGUAAAAGUGAUUCCUGAUCCUGUUCCUCCACCACAAGUUCCACUAAUAGAGACUUCUGAAAGUAGUACUUUAACUAUUUCACAACUUAACACACUUCGUAAACAUUUUCUACAAGUGGCACCUAAAGGUAGAUAAAAAUUUAUUUUUCACUCCUGAAAAGCUGCUAGUUGUGUAACUGAAAUUUAAAGUAACUGCCAGAACUAAUGCCAAAGAUUAGUCACCUAUAUUGUUAAAGAUCAUACCACUAUAAACAAUUGUGCUACGUUUAGAAGGAAAGCCCCUGUGUAGAAUAGUAAAAUAUGACAUACUAGACCACUUGAAAUCUUUUAGUA